UUUCAAUUUAUUAUUAUAUUCUUGGAUCUCUAUCCUCUCCAAUGGCCGAGAAAAAUCCCCAGUUGAACGGUGCCUACUACGGCCCCUCCAUCCCACCACCCAAAUUACACCGUCCUGGCCGCGGCGGCAGCGGCAUCGGCUGUUGCUUUGACUGCUGUUGUGGGUGUAUCUUCAGCCUCAUCUUUAAACUCCUCUGCACCAUCAUCGUCAUCGUCGGGAUCGCCGUCCUUGUGUUCUGGCUCAUCGUCCGCCCAAGCAAGGUCAAAUUCCACGUCACCGAUGCCUCCCUCACCGAGUUCAGUUACACCAACAACGGCACGCUCCACUACAAUCUUGCUCUCAACAUGACCAUCCGCAACCCCAACAGAAGGCUUGGCAUUUACUACGACAACAUCGAAGCCAGAGCUCUGUACGAGGAUGCCAGGUUCGCUUCCAACGACAUCUCGCCUUUCUAUAUGGGCCACAAGACUACUCAUUACUUGAGCACGGACUUCAAAGGUCAGCACUUGAUUGCCCUGGGUGCCGAUCAGAUCUCAGAAUAUAAUAAGGACAAGAGCUCCGGGGUCUACGAUAUCGAUGUGAAGUUGUAUCUCAAGAUUCGGUUCAAGUUGGGCGUGUUCAAGACCGGCAAGUUCAAGCCCAAGAUUAAUUGUGACCUCAAGGUUCCCUUGACGGCCAACGGAACCUCGUCGUCCGCUACGUUCCAGGCCACCGAGUGCGAUUUGGACUACUGAUGGAGCGCCCCUUUACCCGGCUCUCCUCCGUGUUUGUCCAUACGCGGUUCUAGACUACAUUUGUUUUUGCUGUUAUUAUGGGUUCCUCAUAUUCGUUCAUUUAUUGGACAUUGUUUCUGGUUAUUGAUUUCGUUGCCGUAUUUCCAUAUCCAUUUCAUUUUAUAGGAGUAUUGUUAUUUGAUUGGACUCCGAGGAUUUUGCUUUUUGUACGCUGUUGUUAAUAAAUAAAGCAAUUAUUUUGCUUA